CUUCCAUAAAUUCCGCUCUUCACACUGUCAUCAUUUUCUGCAUCGUUAGGAUCCCCGUUUGAAAGACUACAGAGAAGCAAAAUGUCUAUAUGCGAAAAGUCGGAAUCCGUGAAAGUUGUUGUCCGUUGUCGACCAAUGAACGAACGGGAAACAGCCGAUGGUCAUCAGUUGUGCGUUAAUAUUGAUGCUAAGAACGGCACAAUAGAGCUACAUAACCCUAGAAAGCGUGGCGAAGAACCACCUCGUAGAUUUACAUUUGACGCUGUUUACGAUGAAAAUUCAACGCAGCAAGAUUUGUAUGGCGAAACUUUUCGUGGCCUGAUUGAUAGUGUACUUGAAGGAUUUAAUGGAACAAUCUUUGCAUAUGGACAAACGGGCACUGGCAAAACAUUUACAAUUCAGGGUAUCGAGGAUAAUCCAGAACUUAGAGGAUUGAUGCCGAACUCAUUCGCUCACAUUUUUCAUCAUAUUUCACGGUCGAAAGAUGCACAAUAUUUGGUUCGAGCGAGCUACCUCGAAAUAUACAAGGAGGAGAUUCGUGACCUUCUGCAUCGGGACCAAGCAAAACGUUUGGAAAUUAGAGAGAAACCGGACGGUGGGAUAUAUGUUAAGGACUUGUCAUCUGUGCUUACCAAAAAUAUAGGCGAAAUCCAAAAGAUUAUGAACAUCGGCUAUCAGAACCGAGCAGUGGGUGCUACCAAUAUGAAUGAGCACAGUUCCCGAUCCCAUGCAAUUUUCAUCGUCACCAUCGAGUGCUGCAAGUUGGGCUCCGAUGGUGAAAAUCACAUCAGAGUUGGAAAGCUCAAUUUAGUUGAUCUGGCUGGUAGCGAACGUCAAUCAAAAACUCUGUCUGAGGGCGAUCGUCUCAAGGAGGCAACGAAGAUCAAUUUGAGUCUUUCUACUCUUGGCAACGUAAUAUCUGCUCUUGUUGACAGUAAAUGCACUCACAUUCCAUACCGGGAUUCAAAGCUGACUCGAUUACUUCAAGGUUAG